AUGUCAGUUGAUAAAGUACGUUUGAAUGAAAAACUUGCUUUGGCCAUCAUCGUCAGUGGAUCUCCAUUAUCAAUGACUGAGCACCCACUUUGGAUUGACUUUUUUAAGCAAAUUCGACCAACCUUUAAACUACCUUGUCGAAAAUCUAUAUCUACAGUUUAUGUGGAUAAAGUGUAUGCUGAAAUGCAGAGUAGUAUUACUUAUGAUCUUUUUGACGCAAAUGAUUUACAUAUUCAACUGGAUGGAUGGACCAAUAUAAAUAAUGAUGGCAUAAUAAACUUUGUUAUUUGUAAACCAGAACCAUUGUUUGUCAAAUUUCUAAACACUAAAGAUAACCGAAAAUUUUUUUGUCAUUAUGGGGAUAAUGCUGCUAAUGUUAAGAAAUCAUUUGAACUGGUAAAAAAUGUGUAUAAAGGGAUUCAACCUCUUGGAUGUGCAGCCCAUGGUUUACAUCUCUUAUGUUCAGAUAUUUUUAAAGUAGAUUCAGUUAGUGAAUUCUUGAAACAAAACUCUAGUAUUGUUAGUUCUAUAAAAAGAUCACAAUUAUUAUCUUCUGUCUUCAAAAAACACCAACAAAUUAAAGGCAUUAAUGUUCAAUUGAAAUUGCCUGUCAAAACCCGUUGGGGGAGCUUUCUAUUUUGUUUGGAAAGUUUGAUGAAAAAUAAAAGUGUUUUACAGGCCUUGGCAGUCGAUGACACUAUUUCAAUUUCAUUAUUAAGACCUAUCAAAUUGACAUUACUUGAUGAUUCUAAAUUUUGGGAAAAUGUUUUAAAAAUGAUAAAUUUAUUAACCCCAAUAGUAAAUGCAAUUACAGUCUUAGAAUCAAAUCAUAAUCUUAUCCAUAGAGUUAGAACUGCUGAAUUGCUGGACCCUAAAUCACAAGGACUAGAAUUAAAUGCAGAUGAACGUGUUGAUGCUUUAGAAUUUAUAUAUAAUUUAGGAGUUGAAAUGAAAAUAGAUAUAAUGAAUGAUCUCUCAGAUUAUCAAUCAAAGCAAGGAUAUUUUGCUAAAAAAUUUAUUUGGGAAAAUUCUUUGAUUACUGAUCCAGUAAAGUGGUGGAAAUUCUUAGAUCACAUAUCCCCAUUAUCUAAAGUUGCAGUAAGAAUAUUAACUGCUCCUUGUACUUCUGCUGCUACUGAACGAACAUUCAGCACUUUUUCUUGGAUACAUAGCAAAAAAAGAAAUAGAUUAACUACAGAGAGAGCUGGGAAAUUGACAUACUUAUCUUACAAUUGGAAGCUAAAAAAUAAAAAAAGUGAAAUUUCCAAAAAUACAGAAGCAAAUAAUUGUGAAGAAUCUUCCAUAGUUAUACAACAAAUACAAAGUUCAUCGAGUUCUUUUAACUCUGAAAAAAACGAAGAAAAUAUGAUUAUCUCAAAAAGUGAUUCAGACAGUGAUUGUGAUUCAGAUUCAGAAACAUAUAUUUUAUAUAAUGAUACCAGUAGUGAUGAAAACUCAGUUUCAUGUUCAGAAAAAGAAGAUGAGGAUAAUUAUUAA